CGAAAUUCAACAUUUCUUGCAGAAAAAAGCAUUCAAAUACAAAUGCUCGCUGAAAAACACAACGAAAUUGUUAUCGAGGACAAGCAGCCACCACCAAAUUCUCACACAGAGGAUGCGCCAAAGCAAGAGAACGAAAGCUCUGAGUGCACGGACAUUGAAAACAGCAUGACUAAUGAGAUCCAUGAAGUUUCACCUGAUCAGGGUGGUCACACACUUCCGAUCUUGAAGAAAAUCAUCCAUUUGAGUACCAAGAUUCAGGAUUUGAAGCAACAGCAUAUAGUACUGGCUGAAGAAGCAAAACUCUCUACCAAGUCCUUUCUGGACUCUGAUGCUUUGAGGUCUUUUAAGUCUCUAGGUAUUGAAUAUGAACUCCUUAGAAGAAAAUUUCUGAAGGAGUACAAUGAACGGAAGAGGCUUUCUAAUGAAUUGAUUGAAAUGAAGGGAAACAUCAGAGUGUUCUGCAGAUGCAGGCCGUUGAUUGCUGGUGAAAUUUUGAAUGGGUCUGCUGCAUCUGUUUUGAAUUUCGAGGCAUCUUCUGAUUAUGAACUUCAAGUCGUAGCUUCAGACUCAACCAAGAAGCAAUUUAAGUUUGAUCAUGUGUUUAAGCCAGAAGAUAACCAAGAAGCUGUAUUUGCACAGACGAAGCCUGUCAUUGCAUCAGUGCUGGAUGGGUUCAAUGUCUGUAUAUUUGCUUAUGGGCAAACUGGAACUGGUAAAACAUUUACAAUGGAGGGAACACCAGAGCAGAGGGGAGUUAACUACAGAACACUGGAGGAAUUAUUUAGGAUAGCUGAGGAGAGACAUGGUGUAAUGAAGUAUGAAUUGUGUGUCAGCAUGUUGGAAGUUUAUAAUGAGAAGAUAAGAGAUCUCCUGGUGGAAAAUUCCUCCCAAACAAAGAAGUUGGAGGUAAAGCAAUCUGCAGAGGGAACCCAAGAAGUCCCAGGACUUGUUGAAGCUCCUGUUUAUGGAACAGAAGAUGUUUGGGAAUUGCUCAAGACUGGAAAUAGAGUAAGAUCUGUUGGAUCCACGAGUGCUAAUGAGCUUAGCAGCCGUUCUCAUUGCUUGCUGCGAGUAACUGUGGUGGGGGAGAAUUUAGUUAAUGGCGAUAGAACACGGAGCCGCCUCUGGCUAGUAGACCUAGCUGGCAGAGGAGAAAGACUUAAGGAAUCCCAAUUCAUAAAUAAGUCUUUAUCUGCUCUUGGAGACGUUAUUUCCGCUCUUGCCUCCAAAUCUGCACAUAUCCCUUACAGGAACUCAAAGCUGACUCAUAUACUUCAGAGCUCCUUAGGAGGAGAUUGCAAAACAUUAAUGUUUGUCCAAGUUAGCCCAAGUGAGACAGAUUUGGGAGAGACACUUUGUUCACUAAAUUUUGCUAGCCGGGUCCGUGGAGUUGAGAGUGGCCCAGCUCGCAAGCAAGUGGACCAUGCUGAGCUGCUUAAAUAUAAGCAAAUGGUAGAGAAACUCAAACAUGAUGAGAAGGAAACUAGGAAGCUACAGGAUAACAAUGCUAACUUGCUACUGAGACUUGCUUCAAGAGAACACCAAUGUAAAACCCUUCAGGAAAAGGUUAGGGGCCUUGAGAAUCAGAUAGCUGAAGAAAGGAAGACUAGACUAAAGCAAGAGAGUAGAUCAAUUGCUGCUGUCUCAGCACAAAAUUCAUCAUCAACAUUAACUGCAGCUCGGAGAAACACUGCAGAUAAGAAGCCACCUCUCAUGCCUUCACAGACGAGAAUGCCAUUGAAAAGAAUAUCCAAUUUCAUGCCUUCGCGAUCUCCUAUAGCAUCGAAGAGAUACAACACUUCCAUGAAUAGUGGGAAGGAAAAUACAGAAGCCUACUCGAAACCAAAAAGUAGGGCAUCAAUAGCAGUUAGACCACCUGCACUCCCAACAGGGAAGCUCCUUCAACCAAGAAGGCGGGUCUCCUCCAUUCCCGCAAUCUGUCCAGAGAGAACUUCUGACAUCACAACUCCACUCCGGUCUCAUGCACCACCAAUGGCGCAGUUACUUCAACCAAGGAGGCGGGUCUCCAGUGUCAUAAGCUGUCCAGAGACAACUUCUGAUAUCACAACUCCACUCCGAGCAUCUCAAUUUGCAGGUGGAAGCAGUGUAUUGAUCAGUCGCCAAAGGAGAGCUCGGUAUUCAAAUUUGUUUGCCCCAUUGCCAGAGUCGAGAGCAUCUGUUGAGAUGACCACACCGAUGUCUAUCAGGAGCAGCAGCAAGUUUAGGGGAAGUCCAAUACAAGGAGUCGAUUCAAGGGUAGCUAGACAUCCAGCUGCGGUUGCACUGCAACGGAAACCUGUGGUCUGGAGCCCUCUCAAACUGAGAGGCUUGAAAAAUAACAAUAACAGAAGGUCUUGGCUCAUGCCAUCUCGGUCAUACAAUGAGUUGCAAUGAUCUUUGGCUCUCUGACAAAUGAAAUAGCCAUGUCAUGCAUUCUACACACACAGUUAUCUCCAAUUGAACUAAUAAAUACACUCAUAUUAGUGCAAUUUGUUUUGUUUGUAAUGUGUUCCAAGCAAAAUCUCUAAUGCUUAGUUCAUUCUAUCUGGAUUCAGAAUGGUGACAAGCUUGCACAUGGUGAAGAUUAGAAUUAAGGGGAUGAAAGAAUCAUUUUCCAAA